AUGGCACGAUUCCAGAAGCAAUUCAACAGUCAACGCAGCUACAAUCCUUACAGGGCACGUCGCCUUAGAAACAACAGGCAACCCCUUCAAGACAUUGAUAGAAACAUCGUCAUGGGCGGCAUGGAAACUGCAGCUCCAUCGCCGGCCGGGCAAGGACAAGCACAAGCACACCCUGGCAAGGGUCGUCGAAACCGCAACCGCAACCGCAACCGCAACAGAAUCGGCCAAAAUGGCCAGAUAUCAAAGCACGGCCUGCCUACGAUGACCGGCCUAAACAGACAAAAUUUUCGGGGAAAGCCAAAAUGGACCCCCAAACAACAAGACAUCGUCAUGCGGGAGGCCCCAGCGCUCAUGGACUGGAGCCAACAAGUCACGUACGUCAACGUCGAUGGCAUCCAGACUCCAAUUGACGGCAAUGGGGAUGUAGUCAUGGGCGAAGCCCCAUCCCUCACCGUCUGCCUGCUUGCAGAACUCGUGGAAGUGAUGAACCUGUGCUCGUGA